AAAUAGGAUAAGCAUAACCACUCACUCACACUCGGCAACUCGAAUCCGUCACGUCUCUCUCUCCAAGAUUCAAACAAUUCCUAAGCUUAACCAAUCGGCGAUCAUCUAUUGGGAGAUGACGUCAUCUCCAGCCCACUGUGCAACCAUGGCGAACAAAGAGAUUCUCCGCGACUGUGUGAUUAAGUUGAGAGAGAACCCGAAGAGGAGAAAGGAGAGGGUGUACGUCGGAUGUGGAGCUGGAUUCGGAGGAGACAGGCCAUUGGCGGCUCUAAAACUCCUCCAGCGAGUUGAAGAGAUUAACUACCUUGUCCUUGAGUGCUUAGCCGAACGAACCCUGGCUGAUCGCUGGCUCUCUAUGUCUUCUGGUGGUGACGGUUACGACCCUCGCGUUUCAGAGUGGAUGCGUUUGUUACUACCUUUGGCUGUAGAGAAAGGCACUUGUAUUAUCACUAACAUGGGUGCUAUUGAUCCUCUCGGGGCUCAGAAGAAAGUUCUUGAGGUAGCCACUGAAUUAGGGCUCACGAUCUCUGUGGCUGUGGCUCAUGAGGUGCAUUUUGAAACUGGCUCUGAAUCUUGUUUAGGCUCUGGAUCAUCUUUUGGGGGUCAAUAUUGCUCUGAGGGGGGUGCUAGCACUUAUAUUGGAGCAGCUCCUAUUGUUGAAUGCCUUGAGAAGUACCAACCUGACGUUAUCAUCACCUCAAGAGUAGCUGAUGCUGCCUUAUUCUUGGCACCUAUGGUCUAUGAACUAGGUUGGAAUUGGAAUGAUUUGGAGCUUCUAGCUCAGGGAACUCUUGCUGGCCACCUUCUAGAGUGCGGCUGUCAGCUCACUGGUGGAUACUUCAUGCAUCCAGGUGACCAGUAUAGAGACAUGGCUUUCCCUCUCCUCCAGGACUUGUCACUUCCUUAUGCUGAAAUUGGCUAUGACGGCAAAGUAUGUGUAUUAAAAGCUCAAGGUAGUGGUGGCAUAUUAAACACCAGCACUUGCGCCGAGCAACUGCUGUACGAAAUUGCUGAUCCUAGCGCCUACAUUACACCAGAUGUGGUAAUUGAUAUUCAAGACGUUUCUUUCCUUCCCCUGUCAGACUGCAAAAUACAGUGCAGUGGAGCAAAACCAUCUGCUAAUACCUCUGUGCCUGAGAAACUCUUGCGGUUGAUUCCAAAGGAGUGUGGUUGGAAGGGAUGGGGAGAGAUAUCUUAUGGAGGACAUGGAUCUAUUCAACGUGCUAAAGCCUCAGAGCGUCUGGUUCGAUCUUGGAUGGAAGAAACCAUUCCUGGUGUUAAUAGAUGUAUUCUUUCUUAUGUGAUUGGGCUUGAUAGCUUGAAGGCGAGGAGUAAUGGCGCUGAACCGUCUUGGAACUCCUGUGGAGAUAUUAGAUUACGCAUGGAUGGUCUUUUCGAACUGAAGGAACAUGCGGUCCAGUUAACGAAAGAGUUUACUGCUUUAUAUACAAACGGACCAGCUGGUGGUGGUGGAAUUAGUACCGGACACAAGAUGGAGAUUGUUCUUGAAAAGCGUUUGGUAAGCCGUGAAUCUGUAAUGUGGAAAACUGGGAUUGAGCACACAAAAACGUCAGAGUCAGAGAGCCCUGAACAUCCUUUUCCAGUUGCUCGAGAGAAAAUUGGAAAGACCUCUACCGAAAAUCAAAAUAUAUUGGUAGUGAGAGGGGAACAAUGGACGGAUUCAUCUGGAAUGAAUCGCUCUCCUGCUCCAUCUGGCCAAAAGAUCCCACUCUACUCCGUUGCUCAUAGCAGAGCAGGUGAUAAAGGAAACGACAUAAACUUCUCACUAAUCCCGCAUUAUCCACCAGAUAAAGAGCGUCUGAAACUCAUCGUUACUCAUCAAUGGGUUAAAAACGUGAUGUCAGUACUGUUAUCAACCUCUUCGUUUACAGAGAUGGAUACAAAACCAGUCGAUGGAAACGUGUCAGUAGAGAUAUAUGAUGUGAAAGGCAUUCACGCUUUGAAUGUUGUGGUACGGAACGUGUUAGAUGGGGGAGUCAACUGUUCCAGGAGAAUUGAUAGACAUGGAAAGACAAUCUCAGAUCUUAUCUUGUGUCAACAAGUUGUGUUAUGACACUACUUUUUUUUUUACUUUAUUCAAAUCAAUAAUUGUGUGGUAAUCAUGAUUGUGCAAAUGAGACUUGUACUACACUGUUUUUAUAUCCAAGAAAUCGACUUUAGUGGUGCUUCA